AUGGUAGAUGAAGUGCGAGAUAUUUUGCGCCAUCUGCGUAACAACAAGGCUCCUAGUGAAGAUGGUAUACCUGCUGAAGUAUAUAAAGCCGUUCCAGAUGUAUUCACCUCGUGGGUGCAUCGUGUCUUCAAUGCGGUCUGGCUCUCUGAGACCUACCCUGCCGAUUGGAUCGAGGCCAUCCUACUACCUUUUUUCAAAAAGGGUGAUAGGAGACUGCUCGAACUACAGAAGAAUCAGCCUCAUCGACGUGGUGGCCAAAGCAUCCGUGAUCUGCGAACUCGCCCGUCUCAGGGUGGCUUCCGCCCGGGCAGAGUCUGUGUUGAUCAAAUCUUCAGCCUGCGGCGCAACCUCGAACAACGCUGGGCAUACCAGCAACCAACAGUCCUCUGCUUCGUCGACUUUGCGGCUGCUUUCGACUUCGUUGAUAGAGGCUCACUCUGGCGUAUAAUGGAGACCGAUGGCAUGCCCGCUAAACUCCUUCGUCUCAUCAAGGGCUACUACCGGUCGACGCGAACCCGUGUUCAUGUUUAUGGUGAGGAGACGUUUGAGAAGGAAUACACAUAUCUUUCUCUCUCUGUCUGUUUGUAUGUAUGUAUCUAUGCAUCUAUCUAUCUAUCUAUCUAUCUAUCUAUCUAUCUAUCUAUCUAUCUAUCUAUCUAUAUAUGA